UACUCACUCAUUCACUCGGCACUUUUGACAAGUGGGCCGAGUGGCGGAUAUUAUGUUUUGCUAUAUUAUUUGUUAUCAAUAAAAUUAUCUUUCAAUAAAGUAAAUAUGGAAGAAACAUCAAUGGAAACUGAUACCCUUUUAGAAAGUGAAUCUAAUGGUCAUACUAACGACAAUAUGGAAGAUGUUGCUGAUGUUAAUACUGAGGACCGAAGUUGUUAUCAAUAUCCAACUUUAUUUAUGAGUAAAACUUUGUUAGAAUUGUGUAAUUCCUCUUGGACUCGGGCUCCGAAGGCAAAAGAAGACGUGCAGCCUUACUUGAGAGGUUGUAAAUGGUCACCAGAUGGGACUUGUUGUCUCUCUGUGGUAAAUAACGAUGGUGUCCACAUUACGGAACUUCCACGCGAUUUGUACACAGAAUCUGCUUCUCCAGAUCGUAACAUUGAUAUUUUAGAGUCAGUAGUUCAUGUGAAAGAAGCAGGUUUGAUUUAUGACUUUUGUUGGUUCCCUGGGAUGAAUAGUCAUUUUCCUGAGACAUGUUGUUGGUUGACAACAAGGCAGAAUGCCCCGAUCCAAAUGUGGGAUGCGUUUGAUGGUUCCCUGCGAUGUUCUUAUCGUGGUUUUAAUGCCGCUGAUGAGAUGGAACCAGCUCUGUGUGUCACAUUCACUCCUGAAGCUAAUAGUAUUAUUGGGGGUUAUAAAAAAUUUCUUCGGACAUUUGAUGUUGACAGACCCGGAAGAGACUUUUCUGAGCACAAGAUCGGCUCCCCUGCUGCAAGUUUAGCUGUGAACAGCAAUCUAUUGGCUGUUGGGUCUUGGAACACUACUAUCGCCUUAUACAAUGUCAAUGACAUGGGCACUUAUAAAAGUAUUGGCAAAAUGCAUGGACACACAGGUGGUAUCACACAUAUGAAAUUUACUCCAGAUGGAUUAAAACUUGUUUCUGGGGCAAGGAAAGACCACAGACUUCUAGUUUGGGACAUUAGAUACUACAGAAGACCUCUAAACAUUCUGAGUAGAGUGGUAGACACAAACCAGAGAGUGUACUUUGAUAUAUCGCCUUGUGGGAAGUACCUAGUAUCUGGCAAUACUGAUGGUACACUCAAAGUAUGGGAUGUAGACCAGGUUGAUUGGAAGUCUGAACUAGAUACUACAGAUAUCCAUUGUGAUAAAUCUACUAAGUUUCCUCUGCAUAACGACUGUUGUAACAGCGUCUCGAUCCAUCCCCUCAGACCGAUAUUAGCCACCGGAUCAGGCCAAUACCACUGCAGAGAUCCCAUUCAGCUUUUAGACGACGAAAAUCAAACGGACGGCAUAAGCUUAAAUGGCGACAUAAAUUCCAGUCAUAUGAGUGAUACAAGUGCAAUUAAAGACUUUAAUGUUAGUGAAAAUAAAGAGUCGAGUCGAAUAGAAGAGGACAUAUCGUCAAGUGAAAACUGUUUAGUGUUUUGGUGGAUUGGCGACGUACCUGGUAUAGAUUAGAUAGAUUAGGUAGGUAUGUAGUUAUAUUACUUAUAAGAUCGUGAUUAAUAAAUCAUAAUUUCGUAAA